AUGAAGUUUCAGCGUAAAAAGAUUAAUCCCGCGUUCUUACGAGGUUAUGUUUACAUUCCAAAACUCCCAGAUUCCAACAUGUCCUAUAGAUUUUUGCAAAUAAACCGUGGUGGUAACGGGAAACGGUUGUUAGGAGAAAUCCAAGAAAAACAUACUGGUAUUGUCAU